AUGACAGCCUUCCUGUUAGCGUCCGUGUAUCCGUCGGUCGUCAAGAAUGCCUCGAACCGCUACGCGUGGUUGCGCUGGGUUGUCACGGGCAAUCUGCAGCUGUCGUUUUGCGAAUCUAAGGAAAUGCGUCAGUACACGAAGCUAAAUCACAUCUCCGUCGAGACGCUGACCGCCAUCAUGGAGGCCGUGACCAAGGCCGUGGAGAAGAUGAUUGCGGAUCCUCAGUACCCGCUACUCUCGUUAGCGCCCGUCAUGGAUGAGCCUGACGACCAGUUGAUUGCUGACGGCCAUCUGACAGAUAAAAAGGUUCCUACCUUUUUUGCCAAGUUGAGUGCCAAGACGCCAUUGACCGCUGGCCUUCGACAGGACACGCGCUGGUCGUCUGCCUUUUCGAUGCUCAAGCGCUAUUUUAUGCUCCACGUUACUGGCAAGCCUCCGGGACGUCGAGUCUGUCUCCAAGCACCUGCGGGCGACGCCUUCACGCUGAUGGACGUGCGUGUCCUGUUCGGCGAGCUCCUCAAGAGCCACCCGUCAUUCGCCAAGUAUCUCGCUACUGACGCGGAUAUUGGCCACUCCGCCGUAUUCGAGCAGGCGGUCGUCAAGGUGCUGGACGCCCAGGCGGCCUUGCUGACGGACGGCGAAGUCGCUGCGCUGGAGCCAUUCAAGCGCGCGCAGGCUCCUGGGGAAGGCAUGGACUGCAUGACAGCGGGCAAGGAAGGCUUCGCUGUGCGCACGCUCAAGCGACGAAAACUAGCAGCUGCGCCGGCCAUGUACGAGCUGCUGGAGGCGAUUCCACCAACGUCAACAUGGUGGAGAGGCUGUUUAGCGUCGCCCGCGCUGUGCUGCGCCAUGAGCGCCACCGCCUCUCCCCUAUGA